AGAGCUCAGUUCCUAGCUAGGCCUCUACCAGCCACUUCCGCUCGUCUGCCUAAUACCGCGCCUGCGCACCGCGUCUCUUCCUCUCUGGGCUCGGACCUAGGUCGCGGUGACAUGGCCAAACGUACCAAGAAAGUCGGGAUCGUCGGUAAAUACGGGACCCGCUAUGGGGCCUCCCUCCGGAAAAUGGUGAAGAAAAUUGAAAUCAGCCAGCACGCCAAGUACACUUGCUCUUUCUGUGGCAAAACCAAGAUGAAGAGACGAGCUGUGGGGAUCUGGCACUGUGGUUCCUGCAUGAAGACAGUGGCUGGCGGUGCCUGGACUUACAAUACCACUUCCGCUGUCACGGUAAAGUCCGCCAUCAGAAGACUGAAGGAGUUGAAAGACCAGUAGACGCUCCUCUACUCUUUGAGACAUCACUGGCCUAUAAUAAAUGGGUUAAUUUAUGUAACAAAA